AUGGCGUCCAGGCUUGAUCGACUUGUCACAAUCCUCGAGACCGGAAGUACCCGGCUCAUUCGGGACACAGCAGUAAAUCAGCUGGCCGAUUGGCAAAAACAACAGCCUGAGGAACUCUUCAACCUUCUCUCAAGGGUGGUCCCAUACCUGCGCCACAAGGACUGGGAGACACGGACUACUGCGGCAAAAGCCAUCGGCAAGAUAAUUGAGAAUGCGGAAACAUACGAUCCGAAUCCGGGCGAGGAGUCUGUCCAGCCAAAGAAGGACGAGGGCACAGGCAAUGGUCUUGUCAAGAAAGAAGAGGCCGAGCCUGCCGUUCCCGACUACGACGCCUUGAGCUUGGGAACUCUGAACGUGCCUGAUAUCAUCAGGUACGGCAGGCAAUUGCUUCGCGGCGCCCCUGUCGACUACUCGCUCGGCGCCCUGGAGCCCCAGGAGCGUCUGACACACCAAAAGAAGACCCUUAUCGGCCGUCUCGGUCUGUUGGGACGGCCUUAUGAGGAUGAAGAGAUACCCAUCCCGAACGAGUCUGCCGCGAGUCCCGGUACCCCGGCAGACACAAAUGGUUCCCACGGCUUUGGCCGCCCCGACAGUAACGGAGCUGCCACCACACCUCAUCCAGGGGAGGAGAGUGGUAUGAGCGCAAGGCAACUGAACGUGCUCAAGCGGAAACGUAAACGGGAGGCUCAGAAGGCCGCCCAAGGGAAGGGUGGUUUCGGCGAUCUCUCCCUGCGUCGGAAUACGACAGCUGGCUCAGAAGUAUAUGCCGAGGACACACCAAUGGUCGAUGCCGAUUCCAAGAAGAACGGCAAGGUGGUUGACUACUUCAAUCUCGAUAGGCCGGCUGAUCUCGAGGAAGACAGCAAGGUCGUAUCUGAGUACAAGGGCGCAGUCAUCCCAAUCAAGUCUGAAUUGGAGACCGACGUCAACAUGGAAGGCUCCGAAUGGCCGUACGAACGUUUAUGUGAAUUCCUCAAGGUGGAUUUGUUCGAUCCAUCCUGGGAGACCAGGCACGGUGCAGCUAUGGGCUUGAGGGAGCUGAUUAGGGUCCAUGGCGCAGGGGCCGGCAGGGUCCGUGGUGUGUCCCGCAGCGAGAACAACGAGCUGAAUAGAAAGUGGCUGGACGACCUUGCCUGCCGGCUCUGCUGUGUUCUGAUGCUGGACAGGUUUACAGAUUACAGUUCUGACACCUCGGUGGCCCCCAUCAGGGAAACAGUCGGCCAGACACUUGGAUCCGUCCUGUUCCACGUCUCCCCCGAUUCCGUACACGCCAUCUACAGAAUACUCUACCGUAUGGUCAUGCAAGAAGACCUGCCGCUGGAGCAGCAUGUCUGGCCGAUCUGCCACGGCGGCAUGGUUGGGCUCCGCUACGUUGUGGCCGUCCGGAAAGAUUUACUAAUGAAAGACGGCGACAUGAUCGAUGGUAUCAUCCGCGCGGUCAUGAAGGGUCUCGGUGAUAGCGAUGAUGACGUGCGUUCUGUCAGCGCCGCGACCUUGACGCCAAUGGCGAAAGAAUUUGUCACACAACGCCCUAGAGAGUUGAACGGGUUGAUCAAUAUCGUCUGGGAGGGAUUGGCUGACUUGACCGACGACCUCAGCGCUUCGACCGGCAAGAUCAUGGAUCUCCUUGCUGUUCUUUGCAGCUUCCCGGAAGUCCUGGCUGCUAUGAAGACUUCAGCGCAAGAGGACGAGGAGAGAACAUUCACUGUUCUUGUGCCAAGACUAUAUCCAUUUCUGCGCCACACCAUCACAUCAGUCCGUCUUGCCGUCCUCAAGGCUCUCAUGACCUUCGCCAAGCUCGACGCAGAGUCAGCACAAGGUUGGCUGAACGGUCGCAUCCUCAGAUUAAUUUUCCAGAACAUUCUGGUGGAGCGCGAUCCAGAGACGCUGAAUAUGUCCAUCGAGCUAUGGAUGUCACUAGUCAAGUCUCUCGCUCAGGAUCCAGCAGUGCUGGCAAUGGAAUUUUCCCCUCAUGUCGAACCAUUGAUGCAGCUGACUCUGCAUCCCAUUGGCGUUCAGCGCAAUCCCAUUCCCAUGGACACAAAGUUUUUCAUGAAGCCAUCAGGUGGCACAUACGCCCCCCUCAGUGGAACGCCUGCGCCGCCUCGGAGAUCUAGUCCCUCGGAGGGUCCGGAGCGUGCCAACAAGAGGCGAAGAAAGUCGACUAAGGUUGAAGAACCCCAAGCUGCUUCCCAGUCACACGAUCUCGACGGGCGCAUGAUGCAAGGAGAUGUCGAUCUGGUCGGCAUGGAAACACUGGUGCGAUCUCGGAUCUCUGCGGCGAAAGCCAUGGGCUUCAUCAUGUCCCUUCUUCCUGCAGAAAGCCUGCAAGAGUAUGAUGCAAGCAUCAUCAAAGGUCUUGGGUCCUCAUACUCCUCCACACAACUCAGCGCUUGCAUGGUCAUCGACGAGUACGCACAGAAGUCUGCAAACGUCGAGCAGUGCUCUAGGUUCGUGGCAUUGCUGCAGAAGAUGGUUGAGGGUGAACGGCCAUCUUGUUAUCGAGAUUUGGUCAGCUACAUCCGAAACGUCCGCGCCCAGUGCUCGCAACUGAUACAUCUGUUCCGCGAUUUCGGCAAAGUAUCAUCUAGCAAGCUACCGACCUUGGCUGUGAUCGUACAAGGUGAGGCGGAAGCAGGGCCAGGAGCAUUCUCAAUCGCAAAUGCUGAAAAGGUUGUGGGUGAGGAUUACGAGAAGCUGAAGAAAGCAAUGGCUCCCGGGCAACGGCUCAUCGCCAGUAAAGAUCUCGCAGAGUCUCGUGACAUCACCGCCCAGGCCAUUGAAGAUGCCAAGGCGAAGAAAGAGACACGCGAUGUGCGGAUCAAAGCGGCUGCAGCAUGUGCUCUGGUGGCCAUCAAACAUUUGCCCAAGAAGCCAAGCCCGCUCAUCAAGGCCGUAAUGGACAGCAUCAAAUACGAGGAGAACCAGGAUCUUCAGAGCCGUUCGGCAUCGACAAUUGCAAACCUCGUGCAGUUCUUCACGGAAUCUGGUCGUCGGGGCCCCGCGGACAAGGUGGUAGGCAACCUUGUCAAGUUUUCUUGCAUGGAAGUGGCGGAAACUCCGGAAUUCCCAGUCCACGCCAGUAAGACUGAUGUGGUACUAUCGAUGCAAAAAGAAGAGGAUCGUGUCGACCAUCCUGACGCUGCCAAAUGGGCCCGUGAGGCAAAGGCAGCUCGCAUAACUCGUCGCGGUGCAAAGGAGGCGUUGCAAAUCUUAUCGAAGACGUUCGGCGCCGAUCUUCUCAGCGUUGUUCCCAGUAUUCGCACAUUCAUGGAGCGGCCUCUCAUGCAAGCUUUCUCCGGCGACCUGCCCGCCGAAGCCAGAGACCCCGAGAAUACCUUCGGGCAGGAGAUUGUCGACGCUAUGUCUGUGAUUCGCACAAUGACGCCGACAAUCCACACUGCCCUUCACCCGUUCAUCAUGCAGAUGGCCCCACUCGUCAUCAAGGCUUUGCAUUCCGAGCUGUCGGUGUUCCGAUACAUGGCUGCCAAGUGCUUAGCAACCAUCUGCAGCGUCAUCACAGUCCAGGGCAUGACAGCGUUGGUCGAAAAGGUCCUGCCGUCCAUUAAUAACCCUCUGGACCUACACUUCCGACAAGGUGCCAUUGAGGUCAUAUAUCACCUGAUUGCCGUUAUGGGAGAUGCAAUUUUGCCUUACGUUGUCUUCCUUAUCGUUCCCGUCUUAGGCCGGAUGAGUGACUCUGACAACGAGAUCCGGUUGAUAGCAACAACUUCAUUUGCGACGCUGGUCAAGCUUGUGCCGCUGGAAGCAGGCAUACCAGACCCCCCGGGCCUCUCCCAGGAACUCCUCAAGGGCAGAGACCGCGAGCGAACGUUCAUUGCGCAACUGCUCGAUCCAAAGAAGGUUGAGGCGUUCUCUCUCCCGGUUGCCAUCAAAGCGGAGUUGCGGUCUUACCAACAGGACGGCGUGAACUGGCUGAAUUUCCUCCGCAAGUACCAUCUCCACGGCAUUCUAUGCGACGACAUGGGUCUGGGCAAGACUUUGCAGACGCUCUGCAUAGUCGCCAGUGACCAUCAUGAGCGGGCUGAGGAAUUCUCCAAGACAGGAUCGCCAGAUGUCAGGCGGCUUCCCUCCCUGAUUGUCUGCCCUCCCACGCUGUCUGGUCACUGGCAGCAAGAGAUUAAGGCCUACGCCCCGUUCCUGAGCGUCAUGGCAUACGUGGGACCUCCGGCCGAGCGGAAGGCCAUGAAAGACGGCCUUGACAAGCCCGAUAUCGUCAUCACUUCGUACGAUGUCUGCCGCAACGACGUUGAAGUUCUGGAGAAGUACAACUGGAAUUACGUGGUGCUUGACGAGGGCCACCUCAUCAAGAACGCCAAGGCAAAGAUCAGCUUGGCAGUGAAGAGGCUGGUCAGCAACCAUCGGCUCAUUCUGACUGGCACGCCCAUCCAGAACAACGUUCUGGAGCUGUGGUCCCUGUUCGAUUUCCUGAUGCCCGGCUUCCUCGGGGCUGAGAAGGUCUUUGCCGACCGCUUCGUAAAGCCAAUCUCCGCAUCCCGCUACAACAAGGCCUCCUCAAAGGAACAAGAAGCGGGAGCUCUCGCCAUCGAAGCCCUGCACAAACAGGUCCUGCCCUUCCUCUUGCGACGUCUGAAGGAAGAGGUACUCAACGACCUCCCGCCCAAGAUCUUGCAGAACUAUUACUGCGACCUCAGCGAUCUGCAGAGGAAGUUGUUCGAGGAGUUCACGAAGCGCGAAUCAAAGAAACUUGCUGACGAGGCUGGCCGUGAUGACAAGGAGGCCAAACAGCACAUUUUCCAAGCAUUGCAAUACAUGAGGAAACUGUGCAACUCUCCCGCCAUGGUGAUGAAGCCAGGCCAUCCGAACUACGAGGACACUCAGCGCAUUCUCGCAAAGAGCAACACCAGCCUGGAAGAUGCCGCCCACGCCCCGAAAUUGACAGCGCUGCGUGACCUCUUGGUAGACUGCGGCAUUGGUACCGAGGGGGGCCAUGAUUCGAAUGACCCAUUGUACCAGCCAAUCAAACCUCAUCGGGCGCUGAUCUUCUGUCAGAUGAAGGAGAUGCUGGACAUGGUGCAGAAUUCAGUGCUGAAGGCCAUGCUUCCGUCUGUCACAUAUCUCCGUCUUGAUGGCGGCGUCGAAGCCAAUAAACGCCAGGACAUCGUCAAUAAGUUCAACAGCGACCCAUCCUACGAUUGCCUCCUUCUGACCACGAGCGUUGGCGGUCUUGGUCUCAAUCUCACAGGUGCAGACACCGUGAUAUUCGUCGAGCACGACUGGAACCCGCAGAAGGACCUGCAGGCCAUGGAUCGUGCGCACCGAAUCGGCCAGAAGAAGGUCGUCAAUGUGUACCGAUUGAUCACACGUGGCACGUUGGAAGAGAAGAUCCUCAGUCUACAGCGUUUCAAGAUUGAUGUGGCCUCAACUGUUGUCAACCAGCAGAAUGCAGGGCUGGCGACGAUGGACACAGACCAGAUCCUGGAUCUGUUCAACGUGGGCGACUCGGGGCCUGGCUUGAUCACAGAGAAGCCAGCCGGGGGCAGCUCUGGGUUUGAGGGGCGCGAAGAGGACAUGGUGGAUAUCGAGACGGGUGACGUCCGCCAGCCUGGAAAGAAGGCCGCCUGGUUGGAGGACUUGGGUGACCUGUGGGACAACAAGCAGUACGAGGAGAGUUUCGACUUGGACGGGUUCUUGAAAACGAUGGAGUAG